CGGAUCCAGUCGGCGACAUCUCGGGACCAAUCAGACCACCUGGCGGGUCCUAAAGUUGUUGUUGUGCCGACCUGUCACACUUUCGUGAAACAUUAUAACGUUCCUGUAUAGAUAAACUAUGGCGUCGUUUGUGACUGAAGUGCUCGCCAGCUCUGGCAAACUGGAGAAAGAGGACCUGUCCUGUAAAAUAAGCAAAAUGUCGCGCAAGGUGGAAGAUACGAAGGAAGAAGUGUGUGACAUGAUAAACAAGAAGUAUGGUGACUUCCUGCCGAGUCUUAAAGGAUCCGAGGAGCUGAUGGUGCAGGUCGACGAGGUCUCCAAAGAAAUGGAUGUCCUUAAAAACUGUGUUGAGACUGACGUGCAGCAGAACAUCCACGUGGCUGUGGCCGAGAAUGCAAAGCUGAAGCAGCAGCUGGAGAAAAAUACUAUCGUCAUAACAAUGCUUAGACACCUAAAGAGGUACAACAUGCAUUUUCACAGUGCAAUGCAGGAGUUCAACAAAGCUUUACUGGACAAGAAGUAUGUUGUUGCAGCCAACCAGCUGGAGAAGGCGAGGGCCAGUGUUGAUUCCCUGAAGGGCUGGAAGACCUCCCAGCUGCCGCUGCUCAGUGCUCUCAGCUCCGAGUUGACGGUGCAGAGAGAGAACUUAAUUUACCACCUGGGAGAUGAAUGGAAGCGCCUCGUCAUCUGGAGAUUACCGUCCUCAAAGGAGCCUGCGGGUCUGAAGUCCUUCCUGAAGGUGGAGCUGAACUUGAGCCACGCUUGCAGUAAGGACGAAGAACCCAAACCACCGGCUCUGCUGUGCUGCGUCCUGCAAGCUCUGGCCAUCCAGGGAGACCUUCAGCACAAGAUCAAACUCUUCAGUCAGGUGCUGUUGAAGACCAUGUUGAAGCCGUUGGUGAUGUACCCGUCACUGUCGGUGAGGGUAACGGGCGAGGGAACUGUCCUGGCCUUACAGUGUUUGAAGGAGAGCAACGAGGAGAGAUCCACUCCUUCACAAGUCUACAGCAAACUGCUCCUGGUGCUCAGGACGCUGCACUCACACCUGCUCGAUGUGUCCAUCGGCGAUAAAAAGCUCUCGGCCAUCUUGGGGGAGCUCAUUUGGGAGGACAUUUCGCAGUGCAUCAUCCAUGAGUGUCUGCUCUACUCCAUCCCCAACAACAGCAGCCAGCUGGAGAAAUACAACACGGUGAUCAAGGAAACGGAGGAGUUUGAGAAGUGUCUGAAGGAGAUGGAGUAUCUGCAGGGCGAUUCCACAGACCUGCUCAAAUACGCCAGAGAUGUCAACUGUCACUUUGCCAGCAAGAAGUGCAAGGAUGUCAUCGUGGCGGCCCGCAAACUCAUGACCUCCAAGAUGCACAACACCGUUAAAAUCACCCCAGACUACAAGCUGCGUCUUCCCAAGCUGCCUGCGCCGGCCUCAGCGCUGAAGGUGAAGCAGGAGACCACAAAGGAUGAGAUGAGGAUGGAGAACACGAAGCAGCUUUCUGCGACGACUCUGUGUCUGCCGGCGUGUCGCAUCAGCGAGUCAGUGCAGCAGCUGAUGGAGCUGGCUCUCCACACCCUGUGUGAAGCCGUGGGAAGCUCCACACAUUGUGCGUUACAACUCUUCUUCACUGUGAGAAACGUCUUCCAGCUGUUCUACGAUGUUGUACCGACGUACCACAAGGAGAACCUGCUCAAGUUCCCUCACCUGGCUGCCAUCCAGCACAACAACUGUAUGUACCUGGCUCACCACCUGCUCACCCUGGGCCACCAUUACAGAGCUCACCUGCCACACCCACUCAGCGAGGGCAUCGCAACAUUUGUUGACAUGGUGCCUGGAUUCAGGAAACUGGGCGCUCAGUGCUUCUUAGCGCAGAUGAACGUCCAAAGAGCUGAACUGUUGGAGAGACUUUCCACAGCUCACAAUUUCUGCAACCUGGAUGACGACGACAACUACAUUGCAGCCAGUAAAGCAGUAAGACAGGUCAUCCAUCAGUUGAAGCAGUUGGGCACGGUGUGGCAGGACGUCCUCCCAGUCAGCAUCUACUGUAAAGCCAUGGGCAACCUCCUCAACACAGCCAUCUCCGAGGUCAUCGCCAAAAUCAUGAUGCUGGAGGAUAUUUCCUCUGAGGACGGGGAGCACCUCCACACUCUGUGCCAAACCCUCAUCGAGGAAGGUCCGCUGGUCUUCAUCCCUCUGGCCGAGGAGAACAAGAACAGGAAGUAUCAGGAGGAAGUGCCUCUCUACGUGAGGAAGUGGAGCACCUUCAAGGAGGUUGUGAUCGUGCUGCGUGCCAACCUGCAGGAGAUAGUCGACAGGUGGGCCGACGGUAAAGGUCCGCUGGCGUUGGAGUUCUCCAGUUCGGAGGUGAAGAAUCUGAUCCGAGCCUUGUUUCAGAACACGGAGAGGAGAGCUGCCGCUCUGACAAAAAUCAAAUAGAAACUUUGUGCAAAGAUACUAAAGCACUUUUUCCUCUGAGGAAAAUAUCCAUGCCUUUUUUUCAUUUCCAUUUUCUGUUGCGUUGAAUAUAUGCGUGUGUGUGUGUGUGUGUGUGUGUGUGUCGCUCGAACCGCUCGUCACACAGUCGCCCCGUCGGACGGAGGUGCUGUCGGUUUAAGCUGGUUCUAAUCAAUCAGAAGGAGAAGUUGCUUCUCUGCAGUCAGACUGCAAUUAGUCCUGCGCAGAUUACACGGAGGCUUCUUCACACCCUGCAGCCUCAGACCUAUAGCUUUAGGGCUUUACAAAGCCAGCGGAGGUUGUGUAACCAGCGGCCUGCCAUCUGUUGACACGUGAUGACGUAUUCAGGGUGAUGCACAUCGUGACUCAACCUUCAUCUGUAGCUCGUCUCAGCUUUUCGGUACUGAUGUCAUUUCAGGAGAGUUUGUUUGAACCUAAACGCCUUUAAAUAACCAUUUAGUCGUGACUGACACCCGGACCUUGCAUCUCUUGUCAAGCCAUUAAACUGAACUCUUCUAUUAUGUAUUUAUUACUUGUCCAAAUAAACCAAAACACUCAACUUUU